AUGGCUUCCAUCCGAAUUGGCUAUGUUCCAGAACACUACCUCGCCCCUCUCCACCUUGCGCUUCGCUCUCCAGCCGCAGCCUCUCUUCCCUUCAAGAUCUCCUUGAUCCCGUUCCCCUCCGGAACGGGUCAUAUGAUCACAUCGCUCCGCGAGAAGGAGAUUGAUGUCGCCAUUGGAUUGACAGAGGGGUGGGUUGCUGGCUUAGCUGGUAAGCAGCAGGCUCAGAACGAUGCUGCGUCAGGUGGAUAUAAGGUGGUCGGCCAUUGGGUCGACACGCCGCUGCGAUGGGCCAUUGUUACCGGGCGCGAGAGGGAGGAGCUUCAUACCGUUGCAGAGCUGAAGGGUAAGAGAGUGGGUGUCAGUCGUCUUGGAAGCGGCUCGCACAUCAUGUCCUUCGUUCUGGCCCAGCAGCAAGGCUGGGGAUCCGACUCCCUGACACCUGUUCCGCUGGGUCCGUUUCAGGCCCUGCGGAACGGAGUGACAGGAUUCGAUUCCAAGCACCCCGAGCAAGCACCCACGCCCACAGCGGAGUUCUUCAUGUGGGAGCACUUCACCACAAAGCCAUACUUCCACGCGACAGCAGACAAGCCUCACCCACCACUCAAGAAGAUCGGAGAGAUCUUCACCCCGUGGCCGUCCUGGCUCAUCGUCGCGUCUACGUCGGUCUUCCCGAACCCGGAGAGCGACGAGAGACUGCAUCAGUUGUUUGAUCUCCUAGACCAGGGAAUCAAGGCGUUCCAGACGGACCAUGACCAGGUCGUCAGGCUCCUGGGUACGGGGGAGCUGGGUUGCACCUAUGUCGAAGACGAUGCCAAGGAGUGGCUGAAGGAUGUCAGGUUCACCAGCAGCACGCGGGGCGUAGACCGGAAGGUAGUAGAUGGCGUUGCGGAUGUUCUCAAGGUUGCGGGGGUCAUCGACAGCAAGAUGUCGAAUGAUGAAGUCUCGGAGAGGGUGAUUGGAAUCUCCCGGUGGCCGGACCGCUAG